AUGAUGGAAGAAACAAACGGAAGUUCUCCACACAUAUUUGUGCUGCUGGGCUUCUCCGCACAGCCUUCGCUGGAACUUGUCCUCUUCAUAUUGGUCUCUGGGUUUUAUGUGGUAUCUGUCUUGGGCAAUGGCAUCAUCAUUUUGGUCUCCUGUAAGGAUAUGUGUCUCCAUACACCUAUGUACUUUUUUCUUGCCAACCUCUCCUUACUGGACAUUAGCUUCACCACAACCAUUGUCCCACAACUCCUGGUCAACCUCUGGGGACCACAGAAAACCAUAAGCUAUGGAGGGUGUGUAGUCCAGUUCUAUAUCUCCCAUUGGUUGGGGGCAACUGAGUAUGUCCUCCUGGCUGUCAUGGCCUACGAUCGCUAUGCUGCCAUCUGCAGGCCUCUGCACUAUACUGUCAUUAUGCGCCCACAGCUUUGCCUCUGCCUGGCCUCAGUCUCUUGGCUUGGGGGUCUGACUACUAGCAUGGUGGGCUCCACACUCACCAUGCUCUUACCACUAUGUGGGAACAAUCACAUUGACCACUUCUUUUGUGAGAUGCCCCUCAUUAUGCAACUGGCUUGUGUGGACACCAGCCUCAAUGAGGUGGAGAUGUACCUGGCCAGUUUUAUCUUUGUUGUCUUGCCUCUGUGUCUCAUCUUGGUCUCAUAUGGACAUAUUGCCCAGGCUGUGCUGAAGAUAAGAUCUGCAGAAGGGUGUAGAAAGGCUUUCAACACUUGCUCAUCCCAUGUGGCAGUGGUGUCCUUGUUUUAUGGAAGCAUCAUCUUCAUGUAUUUCCAGCCAGCCAAGAGCAACUCUCAUGAGCAAGGCAAGUUCAUCGCUCUCUUCUACACCAUUGUCACCCCGAUGCUGAAUCCCUUAAUUUACACUCUGAGGAACAAGGAUGUGAAGAAUGCUUUUGGUCACAUUGUGGCAGAAGACUGCUGUCGCUUUACAGAGUUGCAGGGGCCAAUCUAG